UUCGAGUUACAAAGUUUAAAACUUCAAGAUGCAAAUACUGCUGGUCCUUUUAAUAUUGAGCUUAUUCAAUUCUGUUCUAUGUUGGGAUAACAAAAUAAAAUUUCGCACUAGAUGGCAUCGUUAUAGGCCAGCCAAGGUGUAUGGUCCUCCAAAGAAGCCACUAAAUUUUUGCCUUGCUAGUCUUUGUCCGCGUGGAGAAGAACAUAUUAGCUGUCUGACCCAAUUCUGGGGUGCCAAUUGUGGAAGGCCGCGGAUAGGUGUGGAUAUGUUGAAAUUUAGGCAACCAAUUCUCGAUCUUCACAAUCACUAUCGUAACGAAUUCGAAGACAACGUUGGUAAAAGCUGGCCCGGUCACAGAACUAUACCCCCAGUAACCUGGGAUGAUAAUCUCAGUCUAUUGGCCAUGCGUAUUAGUAAUUUAUGUAUUAAAGACAUUUCACCAUAUUGUGUAAACUUGCCUGAAUAUCGCAAUGUGGCCGAGAGUUCAGAUUACUUGUUACAUCACGGCAUUCCGCACACGAGAAAUCAUUUCAAUUUGUUCUUAAAAAGAUGGUUUAAAUACCAAGACGACAAAGAUCAUUUCGAUUUUCGUAAAUUUCCCGCAAAGCCAAAUAAAGAAGAAAGAUUAUUUGCAAACCUAGUAUUCGAUAAGAUCAGAAAAGUUGGUUGUGGUCUUUUAACUACCGGAACAACAUGGUUUUUUACCUGUCUAUAUGACCAAAAAAUAUUGCCUGGCCAGCAAUUAUACCAAGUAUAUCAAACUAAAUAUGUUGGGACUUCUAACACAUCCGAUGUUGCAACCAAUUUCACUUCUACAACAAGUGUAACGUAAAUAAAACGCUCCUAAAAAUGUGUUUUCUACUAAAUAUGUAUAAAGUAAUUCAAUCUUAAUACAAAUCUUUAUAGAAAUAACUUUGUAACAGACGAGAUUGGCUAAAAGUUGACUUAGGUAUUUCGCUUAAUUUGAAUAAAGAAAAAUGAAUUUUGAAACGUUUUCGAA